UGGGUUUAGAAGUAAUGAACACUCAACUAGAGAAAUACAGACGACUGUUGUUUCGCAAGCUAAAAAAUGUUACAGUUCUUCGACGAUGAAUCAAUGGCGACUCCGAUUCCAAACCACGGCGUGGAUCCACGCUGCUUACACGCACAAGCCAUCAAGAAACACGUAAUGCCCACACCUCAAAACAUCGCCUUCUUCAACAACCUCAUCACCCUCUACUCCAAAUCCAAACUCCACUCCUCCGCUCUCCGCCUCUUCCACUCCAUCCCCUGCCCCAACACCGUCACCUGGACCUCCAUCAUCUCCGCCUCCGCCAACUCCCCCCUCGCCUGCCGCCUCUUCCUCGCCAUGCUCCGCCACCCGCGCCGCCCCCGCCCCAACUCCCGCACCUUCGCCACCCUCCUCCGCACCUGCGCCUCCCUCUCCGACAAUUCCAUCGGGCUGCAGCUCCAGUCGCUCUCAAUCAAGCUCUCCUUUCACAACCAUCCCUACGUCGGCUCCGCCUUCGUCUCCCUCUACUGCAAACUCAAGGAUUUGUCAGCCGCGCUCAAGGUGUUCGACGAAAUGCCUGACCGAGAUGAAGUCUGUUACUCCGCGCUGAUCAACGGGCUCGCGCAGAACCAUCGCCCCCUCGACGCGCUGCGAUGCUUUGUGGAGAUGAAGAGAGAGUGCGUGGCUUCGACGUUCCACAGCGUCUCUGGCGCCAUAUCCGCUGCUUCUAAGGUGGCCAUGUUGGAGCAAUGCGUGAUCGUUCAUGGUCACGCCGUGGUGACGGGGUUGGAUUCUGAUGUCUAUGUUGCGACGGCGUUGGUUGAUGGAUAUGGGAAAUGUGGGGUCGUGGAGGAGGCGAGGAUCGUGUUUGAUGAGAUGGGAGUGGAGGCGAAUGUGGUGGGGUGGAACGCGAUGAUGGCAGGGUACGCGCAGCAGGGGAGUCAAGAGAGCACGGUGGAGCUCUUCAGGCUGAUGGAGAGACGAGGCGUUGAGGCGGACGAAUACAGCUUCUUGGCAGUUCUGACUGCUUUCUACAAUGCAGGGAUGGUUGAGGAGACUGAGAUUUGGUUGAAUAGGAUGAAGGAGUAUGGGUUGGAGCCAACGAUUGAGCACUACACAUGUUUAGUUGGAGCAAUGGGGAAGGCGGGGAGGUUGGAGGAGGCGGAGAAGGUGGCUUUGGCUAUGCCAUACGAGCCCGAUGCAGCUGUGUGGCGUGUGCUGCUGUCGACUUGUGCAGAUCAUGGGAACCCUGGGGCGGCUUGGAGGAUGAGCGAGAGGCUGCUGGAGAUCAACCCCAGCGACGACUCAGCCUAUGUGAUCUUGGCGAAUGCGUUUGCCAGCGAUGGGAGGUGGGAGGAGGUGAGGAAGGUGUGGGCGAUGAUGAGGGGGAAUGGGGUGAGGAAGGAGGCAGGAAGUAGCUGGAUUGAGGUGCAGGGGAGGGUUCACGUGUUCUUUGCUGGGGACGUGAGGCAUCCGAGGAGGGAUGAGAUUUACACGAAGGUGAAGGAGUUGAUGGUGGAGAUUGGGAAGCUAGGGUAUGUGGUGAGGGAGGAGGAGGAGAGGAAGGAGAUGCUUUGGUACCAUAGUGAGAAGUUGGCCGUUGCGUUCGGGUUGUUGAGGGGGGUGACGCCGGAGGGGAAGGCGAUGAGGAUUGUGAAGAACUUGAGGAUCUGUAGGGAUUGUCACGAGGCUUUCAAGUGUAUUAGUGUGGCGACGAAGAGGGAGAUCAUAGUGAGAGAUGUACAUAGAUAUCAUCGCUUUGUCAAUGGAAGUUGCAUUUGUGGUGAUUCAUGGUGA